AUGUUGUGUGUUUCAGUGAGUACUGCGGCUCCUCUGAGGAUUCUUCUUCUGGGUAAAAGCGUGUCUGAAAACAGCCGUGUGGGAAACUUGAUCUUGGGUCGAUCAGCGUUUGACAGUGAAGCUCCUCCAGAUGUUGUGGAGAGAGUCGGAGGAAGACUGAAGCACAGACACGUGACGCUCAUCAACAGUCCUCAGCUGCUCCACAUAAACAUCUCAGAUGAUCAGAUCACACAGACGGUCAGAGAGUGCGUGAGUCUGUCUGAUCCAGGACCUCAUGUGGUGCUUCUGCUCCUCCAACAUCAGCAGUGUUCAGCAGAAGAUCAAGAGCGUGUGGAGAAGCUGCAGAACUCUUUCUCUGAGCGUCUUCUUCAACACACCCUGGUGCUCAGCACACAAGAGCCCACUGAACCCAAUCAGAUCCUGCAGAAGAUCAUCCAGAAGUGCUCCAACAGACACGUCAGUCUUCAGACAAGCAGCUCUGCUGAUCAUCUUCUGCAGGCCUUUGAGGACAUCGAGCGGAGCAAUGAGGGACGACACCUGAUUACACCAGCUCCAUCUGGAGAAUCACUGAGAGAACAGUUUAAUGAGAGACUGAGAGAAGUGAGGGAGAGGAUGGAGAGAGAGAAAGAAGAUCUUCAGUCUAAACAUGAAGCGAAACAAAACAAGAUGAAGAUCCAGAUAGAGGAACUGAAUAGAGAAAGAGAAGAACUGAGGAAGAAACUAGAAGAAAAAGAGAGAAUGAUAAUGAUGAUGCAACAGAAUCCAGAGAUUCUUAAUAUACAGCAUAAGAAAAGAGAAGGGGAGUUCAGAAAGAUGGAAGAGGAAUGUGUAAAACUGAUUAAAGAAGUGCAAAAGCAGAAUAAACAGCUUAAAUGGAUACAACUGAAGCAAAUACAAAAACCAGAGCAAAAACUGAAAAGAGAAGAACAGAUAUCUGAACUUUACAGGAUAGACCAAAGUCCAGAUAGCAAACUCAUAACUGACUUUGAAAAAGACGGGGGAACUCAUGUUGCCACUGUCCUAGGUUGUAAUUCACCCUGGCUGGGAGAAAGGGGUGCUGGGAAAGUUGCGUCAGAAAAAUUAGAUUUCAUCUGGGGCGGACCAUCUUUCAGCUCAAAGAAAAGCUCAACAGUCACACAAGACAUCGCUGUGGAUUCUGUACCUGUCUGUAAGAUUCCAGACACUGUUUAUAACACACCAGGAUUAUCUAGUACAUGUACGACAGGAAGGAUUCAUCAGAAAAAAGAAAGCUUUCAAGGUUUUUCAAAUUUAAAAAAAAUGGCAAGUGAAACAGAAAGUCAAAGGCUAGAACACACUCCAGUUUCCAGACUCUCCUCCAGACGGAUUGUUCUGCUGGGUAAAACUGAUGUUGGUAAAAGUGCAGCUGGAAACACAAUCCUGGGACAGAAAAAGUUCUCAUGUCAGACGAGGACACCUUCAGUAACGCGUGUUUGUUCAGAAGCUCAGGCCACAGUUUCAGGCAGAUCUGUGUCUGUAGUCGACACUCCUGGAUUUUUUGACCCUCAGAUGACACAUGAACAGUUAAUAACUGAGAUCAGCAGAAGUGUGUAUAUCUCCAGUCCUGGACCUCACGCUUUCCUCAUUGUGUUUCCUCUCAACAUGAGAUUCACUGAACAGGAGCUGCAGAUUCCUCAGAUGAUUGAGCUGAUGUUUGGUGAAGGAGUGUUGAAAUACUCCAUCAUUCUCUUCACUCAUGGAGAUCAGUUAUAUGGAGAGUCUGUAGAGAAGCUGAUAAAGCAGAACAGUAGAUUAAGAUAUCUAGUCCAGCAGUGUGGAGGCAGAUAUCAUGUGUUCAACAACAGAGAUGUGAAUAACAGAGAGCAGGUGGAGGAUCUACUGCAGAAGAUUGACUCAAUGAUACAGCAGAAUGGAGGAGCACACUACACUAACCAGAUGUAUGAAGACGCUCAGAGAUUCAGACGAUGAGAAGAAGAUAAAAGAAAGCAAACUAGAGAGGAACUUAAAAGGUUGGCAAAGUAAAAAGUGGAGAAAAUGAAAAGCCAACCAACCAACCAACCACCAAACAAACAAACAAAACAAUGGGUAUAAACAGGGGUACACACUUUAUCUGUUUUCAAAAUGAGUACCUGGAGAUGUUGCUCAGUCCUCACACUGUUCAUGGGACUACCAUCCUGUCAUAUUUAUAUAUAAACCAGCAUUUUUGUUGCAUAGAUGUUCAUGCAUGACAUUAUUUAUAGUACAUCUUUGUACUAAACAUUUACAUAUGUAAAUAUUUGAUUUGCUUACAUUGCUGUAUCUGCAUGUGGGUUCUCCUUUUACUUUUUGGAUCAACGAGGCUGACUCUAGCUCCUUUUUCCCCAGCUCCAUAUUUGAUGAGCUAUCCGUUUAAAAUAAAAAUGUUAUUUGAUUGUAACUCC